AUGGAUGAAAAGAUCGGAGAGAAGAUUGCACAGUGGACCUGGACAUCGAAAGCAAUUGUAGAAUUUCAAGUCAAUAUUACCAACGAUCGCUGGUUUUUGUGUUGUGCAAUAGCGUUACUACCCACUAAUGAAGCAACAACUAGGAAAACAGAUCUGUCAAAAUCAUCUACAGAAAAGACAUCAACAGUAAAACCAACCAUAUCACAAACACCAACAGCAAACACAACCACGUCUCAACCACCAACAGCAAACCCGACCACAUCACAACCAACAAAAGCAAACCCAACCACAUCACGACCAACAAAAGCAAACCCAACCACAUCACAACCAACAAAAGCAAACCCAACCACAUCACAACCAACAAAAGCAAACCCGACCACAUCACAACCAACAAAAGCAAACCCAACCACAUCACAACCAACAAAAGCAAACCCAACCACAUCACAACCAACAAAAGCAAACCCAACCACAUCACAACCAACAAAAGCAAACCCAACCACAUCACAACCAACAAAAGCAAACCCAACCACAUCACAACCAACAAAAGCAAACCCGACCACAUCACAACCAACAAAAGCAAACCCGACCACAUCACAACCAACAAAAGCAAACCCGACCACAUCACAACCAACAAAAGCAAACCCAGCAAACCCGACCACAUCACAACCAACAAAAGCAAACCCAACCACAUCACAACCAACAAAAGCAAACCCAACCACAUCACAACCACAAACAGCAAAACUAUUAAAACCAAAUAAAACAAAAACAACAACAGUCAAGCCAUUAACACCACAACCACCAACAGCAAAACCAACCACACCACGACCACUAACAGCAAAACCAUCAACACCAAAAACAACAACAGCAAGGCCAUCAAAUCCACAACCAUCAGUUGUACCAGCAAAAAGAAAUCUGUUUUUAGAAUUCAAAUGUGCAGCGAACGGUUUUAUCACAGACAUAUCGGGUGUGGAUAAGGGAGAGGUUGUGCUCCUUAAUGGUUCUAACUAUUGUCACUUAAAUGAAGCAAAUUGUGACUGGAAGAAUAAGACAAAACUUAAUGUACUUCAUGUGAAGGGCGAAAACAGUUCAAAUAUAGCUGGUGGAAAGAAUGCACAUUUUUAUCAACUGGAAUGUAAAUCCGCCGGUGCCUUUGUAGCAUCCGCAAACACCAGCAUGCAGAUAAAAAUUCCAGCACCAACAGAUUUUAAGCAGGAAAUCAAGAAACCAACUGAACCAACCAAAACCAUCAAGCUGGUCAUUACAGACAAAAAAGGAACCCCGGCAACAUCAGUUCACAUUGGCGAUCCAUUGUUGUUAAAAAUAACUGGACCAGCUGAUUAUACAAUCGAACCUAUUAGUUGUAAUGCGUCAUCAUCUGUGGAUACAGAUUACGUUAUGUGGACCAACGACUCUUGUUCUUCAAAGGAUACAGCUGUGAUCGAUAAUGCUUGGAUUCAUAACAAAACAAUUCCUAAUAUUGUUUCGAUAUCAAUGUAUGGUUUUCGUUUUGUGAAGUCCAACACAGUAGUGGUUACAUGUUCUGCCUUGUUUUGUCCAAAAGGGAUGACAUGCUCUUCCAAACCAUGCGUUAAUGUCAGACCAGCUGUAAGCAGUAGAAGAAAAAGAAAUGCCGACGUAGAAUCAGAGAAUGGUUACCUAGAAGAAUCUGUGUCCACUUCUUUCACUGUAGUUGACAAAAGAAUCGACACAAGUGGCUGUUCAGGUACAUUUGGCAGUGUUUUUACGUAUGUAACAGCAUGUGUACUGAUGUUAGCGCUCAAAUGA